UCUUUGAGGUUAUAAUCCAAUAGCUUCACAGCAGUUACCUGCUUAAGAAGGCAUCACAGCUUGAACAAGUGACCAUUCAAAUCUUCUGUCACAUAUCCCCUUCUCUUCUAUUCAGAUUGAAGAUCACGGUUGAUGUCUUCAAUGGGUCCUCCUGCUGAUGAAAAUCUUGAAACAAAAGAGAUCGAUCUCAGAAGUAUGUCAUCUUCUUCACUUGGUCAGGCACCACAAGCCCACAAAGUAGCAAUUCCUCCAAGACAGAACCUCUUCAAGGAAUUCCAAUCCACUAUAAAAGAAACAUUCUUUUCUGAUGAUCCUCUAAGACCCUUCAAAGAUCAACCUAGAUCAAGGAAGAUUAGGCUCGGUAUCGAGGCCAUAUUCCCAAUACUUAGUUGGGGGAGAAGUUACAACCUUAAAAAAUUUAGAGGAGAUAUAAUAUCCGGUCUCACUAUUGCAAGUCUUUGCAUUCCUCAGGAUAUUGGAUACGCCAAGCUUGCACAUUUGGCUCCACAGUAUGGACUGUACUCCAGUUUUGUUCCACCACUGAUUUAUGCUGUCAUGGGUAGCUCUCGUGAUAUUGCUAUAGGACCAGUGGCAGUGGUUUCACUCUUGUUGGGGACCUUACUAAGUAAUGAGAUUGAUCCUAAAACAAAUCCAACAGAAUAUCAGCGACUUGCUUUUACAGCAACUUUUUUUGCUGGGAUUACUCAAGCAACACUUGGUGUUCUUAGGUUAGGAUUCUUGAUUGACUUCCUAUCACAUGCUGCUAUUGUUGGUUUUAUGGGGGGAGCUGCUAUCACAAUUGCCCUCCAACAGCUUAAGGGUUUCCUUGGCAUUAAAACUGCACACUUCACAACGGACACUGAUAUUGUCCAUGUGAUGCGUUCAGUAUUCUCAGAAGCCCAUCAUGGAUGGAACUGGCAAACUAUACUCAUCGGAGCUAGCUUUUUGGGUUUUCUUCUGGUUGCCAAAUAUAUUGGAAAGAAAAACAAGAAAUUCUUCUGGGUGCCAGCAAUUGCUCCAUUGAUAUCCGUUAUUUUAUCCACUUUUUUUGUAUUCAUAACCCGUGCAGAUAAGCAAGGAGUAGACAUUGUAAGAAAAAUAGAAAAAGGCAUCAAUCCUUCAUCUGUUAAAGAUAUUUAUUUUACCGGAGAAUACCUUGGAAAAGGUUUUAAAAUUGGCAUCGUGGCUGGCAUGAUAGCAUUGACUGAAGCCACAGCAAUUGGAAGAACAUUUGCAUCUAUGAAGGACUAUCAAUUGGAUGGAAACAAAGAAAUGGUGGCAUUAGGAACAAUGAAUGUUGUUGGUUCCCUGACUUCGUGUUAUGUAGCAACAGGUUCUUUCUCUCGGUCCGCGGUAAAUUACAUGGCAGGCUGCCAAACUGCAGUCUCUAAUAUUGUGAUGUCAGUGGUUGUGUUAUUAACCCUGGAAUUCAUCACUCCUCUUUUCAAGUACACCCCAAAUGCCAUUCUUUCUGCCAUCAUCAUUUCUGCUGUCAUCAGCCUUGUAGACUAUGAGGCAGCAAUUUUGAUUUGGAAGAUAGAUAAAUUUGAUUUUGUUGCUUGCAUGGGUGCCUUCUUUGGGGUUGUUUUUGUCUCGGUUGAGAUAGGACUUCUAAUUGCUGUCUCUAUUUCCUUUGCAAAGAUCCUAUUACAAGUCACAAGGCCCCGAACUGCUAUUCUAGGGAAGAUUCCUAGGACUACUGUCUACAGAAACAUUCAACAAUAUCCAGAAGCUAGUAAGAUUCCAGGUGUACUGAUUGUAAGAGUCGAUUCUGCAAUAUAUUUUUCCAACUCCAAUUAUGUUAAAGAAAGGACAUUAAGAUGGUUGAUGGACGAAGAAGAACAAGAAAAAGGAGACUACCGCACAAAAAUCCAGUUUUUGAUAGUUGAAAUGUCACCCGUUACCGACAUAGACACAAGUGGCAUCCAAGCCUUUGAAGAGUUACACAGAAGUCUUGAGAAGAAGGGUGUUGAGCUUGUUUUGGCAAAUCCUGGGUCAGCAGUGACAGACAAGCUUUACGCAUCCAGUUUUGCAAACACGAUUGGCGAGGACAAGAUCUUCCUCACUGUUGCAGAGGCUAUUGCAUAUUGUUCUCCAAAGGUGGUUGAGGACCCUUGAAAAAUAUAUAUGAAUUUUGCUGUUGAUCUAGAGAAAAAAAAAUAGGGACACAUAUAUAGAUGAAAUGUUGUGGGGGAAUAGAAAUAGAGACCAGAAGUUUUCAGUUUACUAGAGUUAGUUAGUGAAGGAUAUAUGAAGAAGAAGGUGUGAAGGAUGAGAAUUGAGAUGAGAUAUUGGUCACUACAAAAAGCUAUAGUAGAAGAAAGUGGCCUAUCCGAUUCUGCUACAGUUAGUUAGUGCUACUACUAGCUCCACCAUUCUUAUCUCAAAAGUGUUAGAAAUUAAAUACUAUAAAAUAAAAGAGAUAAAGUUAAGGUGCAUGCACCAGAUAGGCAUUAACUCGUUCUCUUGUUUUACUUGGAUGUCCUUAGAAUCUAACUCAGGUCUAUGUUGUGUGAAGAAUGGUCUCCUACGUACUCUCCUUUUCACUAGGGAUCGAAGUUGUUGUAAUGUUGUUCUUGUUCAUCCCUGCUACCCGUCUCAUUGAGCCAUUGUCCCCUCAUAUAAAAGAGUGUAGAACAGUAAAAAAUUUGUAGAGUGUUUAUUGUUCCAUUUCGUGUUUGCAAGUCUUGCUGUAAUUAUUUAGUACGUUUGAGCUUUGAAUAAAAAUAAUAGAAGACAAGUACGGUA